AUGAGUGACUACACCCUGCCGUCCGACUCCGAUAGCGAGGGCAAGCCGCCGGGAUGGAAGCAUUGGUGGGAAACUGAAGAGACGCCAAGCGACCCGGGCUCCACGCCAAGUGACCCAACCUCCACGCCGAGUGAGGAGGAGGAGGACGGAGCCGGCAAUGCCAGCGACGGCCAGGAGGUGGACGGAGGCGCCGCUGGAAGCGAUGCCGGGGACGAGGAGGAGGACGGGCAGGAGGAGGAGGACGGAGCCGGCAAUGCCAGCGACGGCCAGGAGGUGGACGGAGGCGCCGCUGGAAGCAACGCCAAGGACGAGGAGGAGGAGGGGCAGGAGGAGGACUCCGACGCCAGGUUCUCCCUGCUGGAGGCGCAGGAGCCAAGGUCGCUGGCGCGGGCGGCGCGGCAUCGUCGUCGUCAUCGUCCGUUCAACGACGACAGUGACUCCGACUCCAACUCCUCCACGGACGCGUCGUCCUCCAGUUCCUCUUCCGAGGAGGAGGUGACAAGCAAGAGGCGCAGGAAUGAGGACGACGAGGCAGGCCCUUCUAACAAGCAGGCCAAAAAUUAG